GACACGCAGCUCAGUCUAUAUACAUUCCCAACAUCCCAGUGUUUAUUUACAUUUCCUCUCCAUGUGGUUUAACGGAUAUAUGUGGACACCAACCAUAUAGGAAAUGGUGUCUGUUUUAACAAUUCCCUUGAUGUAAUGAAUUGAUUUCCUCUUAAUAAAGCUGUUUUAAAUAAGGUAUAAAAAGGAUUGCUUCCUUGUGGAUAAAAUGAACGAUGGAAGAUACAAGCAUUAUAAAAUGGUGCUUAUUUGUUCUGAUUUUAAGCAAAAAUAGUGAUGUAUUGGAUACAUUAGAGAGGAAUCAUGAGGAGUGUGAUUAUAAUUACUACUUUGAUGAGUACAAUGCCAGCUGCUUAGAGUGCCCUUUUGGAAGUUUUGGACAAAAUUGUAUGGAACAAUGCAUAUCAGGUUUCUACGGUCGACUGUGCGGGAAUGCAUGCAGUUGUGAAGCUCAUAAAUGUAAUCGUGUGGAUGGAUGCCCAAAAGUGUUGACAACUAGCGUGCUGGGAAGUGCUGGAAUAACCUUAACAUCGCCACAAACCUCUGAUACAAAUCAGGAGAUGGUAAAAGAAUUCCCACUAUCCUGGAUAUCUACUCAGGGAUCAGAAGAAUAUCUAUCAUCACAAAACAAAUUUACAAAAUCUUAUAGUCAUUCUGACACCUUUACCGAAAAACAUUUCAAGGGGACAACCAAACACAAAAGGAGAGAGGGAAAAACAUCAGUCUACUCGAAGAAACCUAUGCUUCCUUACCAAGUGACAUCCACAACUAAACAACCAUCAAAUAUCUCUAAUGAAGAAGAUCAUUGGAUGUUGACUAGCGUACUUCUAAUCAUUCUUAUAUCAGGAUUGGUGGAACCUCAAUUUAUCUACGUUCAUCAAACCAAUGCCCGAAUAAAAUACUCAAUCGAUUUCAUUCCCGAAAUCCAAGAUUAGAUGAGACAUGUGUCAAUAUCCAACGAACCAACGACGAUAUACAGGACACAGACACAGUUGAUUCAGAAAGACUCGGAGACUAUGAUGAAAUUCGUCAAUCGAAGUUUAAUCAAAGUAAUACAUGUAGCACUAGCAUAAGGUCAAGUCCCUCUGUGAAUAUCAGGAAAACGAAUAGUGCUCCUGGUACUGAUCAUCUGCCUACACACAGCUUGUAUGAAAAGAUUUCUUUUCAUAUUGAUUAUCAUGUUUUACAAUUCAGAGGGAAACAAGACUUUGCCAGUCCAGAUUAUCUUUUUGAAGGAAGUAAAUCGUCUGGCAAUAGAGAGGAUGAGUAUGUUUUUCUAAGGUCGAGCAGAUCUUUAGAUUUCCCAACAAUGACAGAAGAUUUGAAGUUCCAUAACGAUUCACCUCUUUUGGACAAAUGUAAAAGAGAAGAGGAGAAAACAGUAGACCAAUCAAACAAUCUGCUCCGUUCUUUUUCGGAAGGAAAACUAGAAAGUUUGAAAAAUGCACCAACAACAAGGGAGAGCAAUCUUACUUUGACUGAAGAAGAUUGUCUGCUUGAUGAAUAUCUUGAAGAGACAGAAAGACCCUAUAGUGUUGUACAUAUUAAAAAGUCGAGGCAGGAGAAUCUGUUCCGAGAAUUUUAUCCAGGAGAGCAACGUUAGAAGUUACAAAUGUAACAGAAAUAACUAUAUCUAGGCUGUGAAUUUAUGAGGAUGAAUAAUUCAAUUCUGACCAGCUAGAAGGAAACUAAAUGAUUUUUUUAAAAAAACAUUUCAGUAUAUCUCAGGAAUUUCCUUUCAGUGUGAAACAUUAACCUGUGAAAUACCUGGACAUAUGACACCUUUGACGAUAAGAUAUAAUGGUUAUGCAUAUUUUAUUUCCUUAUGCUGAUACUGUGUACUCUGUAAAAAAAUAGGUUUGAAAAUACAAUGCCCCUACAGAAUGUUCUCACUGUUACAGCACUGAAAACUAUUUUGUGAAUACAAUUUCAUCUUAUCACAGCUUUGCCCGUCUGACAAGAAAAAAGUUAUACAUUAAACACUCUUACUG